UCUCGCGAUACUCAGGCGGUCACUGCCUGAUAGGAAUAAUGGCCGCCUUCGUAGCAAUGGUUGGAACGGGGAACAACACAAGAAGCAUAUCAGAGCGUUUUAGCUGACCAGGAAGAGCGUAAGUUACCGGGCACCCCCUCCUACCCGGGUUUCAGAACGGAUGGGUAGAGGGGGUCUUGCCAAAGGACACAAGAAACGAAAGAGACUCGGUGGGAAGGGGAGGAAAGCUAACGCUACCUUGAUAGCUAGCGCUAGCUGGCUAUCAACACGGUUGUCACUGCCGGGGAACAAACCCGAGUAGCCGUGACAACUGUGUCUUGGGAGGGUUGGAGGAUAACGGCGACUAAACGCUGGAGCGUGUGAUCAAACAACCGGAUUGUCGCUAAUAUGAGUGGACCGGGGCAGGACAGCGAGCCAGAGGCGAAAGUCCUUCUCAUCAAGCGGCUUUACAGAGCUGUGGUAGAGUCUGUACACAAGCUGGAUGUCAUCAUCGGCAGCAAAGCAUCUUACAGAGAGGUCUUCAAGCCGGAGAACAUCAGCCUUCGCAACAAGCUGAGGGAGCUUUGUGUGAAGCUGAUGUUUCUCCACCCGGUCGACUAUGGCCGGAAGGCUGAGGAGCUGCUCUGGAGGAAGGUUUACUAUGAGGUCAUCCAGGUUAUCAAGACCAACAAGAAGCACAUCCACAGUCGCAGCGCUCUGGAGUGUGCCUACCGCACACACCUGAUCGCUGGAGUGGGUUUCUAUCAACACCUGCUGCUCUACAUCCAGUCCCAUUACCAGCUGGAGCUGCAAGACUGCAUUGACUGGACCCACGUCACAGACCCGCUGAUAGGCCGAAAGAAACCAGUGUCAGCCACCCCCAAGGAGAUGGAGUGGGCACAGAUGGCCUGUCAUCGCUGUCUGGUCUACCUUGGAGAUCUAGCCCGUUACCAGAAUGAACUUGCUGGAGUGGAGGCUGAACAGCUGGCAGAAAGGUUUUACCACCAGGCCCUGUCAGUCAUGCCACAUGUGGGAAUGCCCUUUAACCAACUUGGCACACUGGCAGGGAGUAAGUUCUACAAUGUUGAAGCAACCUACUACUACCUACGCUGCAUCCAAUCAGAAUCCCCCUUUGAGGGCGCCUAUGGCAACCUGAAGCGCCUGUUUGACAAAGCUGCCAAGAUGUACCACCAAGUAAAGAAGCAGGAAAUGAAGAAGCUGUCUCCAUCUCGGCAAAGAUCAAAAGACAUUAAGCGCCUCCUGGUGAGCUUCAUGUACCUUCAGAGCCUGCUGCAGCCCAAAAACAGUCUGAUGGAAACAGAGCUGACGUCACUCUGCCAGUCGGUGCUGGAGGACUUCAACCUGGUGCUGUUCUACCUGCCGCCUCCAACGCACAGUGGUGCUCACCACUCCCCCAGCGAGGAAGAGGAGGAGCAGCAGCAGCAGCAGCAACAGCAGCAUGGCGACAGCUCCUGCCCUGUGCUGCCAGACACCCUCGUCUUCAAGAUGGUGGUCACUUGUCUGAUGGUGGUGCACAGCCUGAAGAGGGGAGGAUCGAAGCAGUACAGUGCAUCCAUUGCUUUUACUCUGGCCCUUUUCUCCCACCUGGUGAACCACGUGAACAUUCGGCUGCAGGCUGAACUGGAGGAAACGGAGAGCCAGGUGCCCCCACUUCAAACUGAUGCCACAGAUGACCUGGAGAUGAGGGAUUUGUCUGCUCCACAGACAGAUCACUCAGACGAGAGGCCUCUGCAGAAUGGCUCCUUUGAGCAAGAAGAUGACGAGGAGGAGGAGGCAAAGGAUGAGGAUGGCUGUGAAAGGGUUGGUGUCAAAAAGCAUAGCAGUGUGGAAGAGCAGCGCAAGCUGGAGGAGGACAAACAGAGGCAGAAGAAGAAGUAUACCCGCCUCUCACGACUCCGCCGACGCCGCUGUGCCCGCAAGGAUGGUCGAGGUGAGGACGAGAGCGACUUAAGCGAAGGCUUUGAGAGCGAAGAAGAUGAAGAUGAUGAUGAAGAGAAGAGGGGCCGUGCUGAUUCAACAGGUGCCACCACAACAGGAACCUCCCUCAAUCCUUCCUCGAUCAGGAAGGAGACUAAGAGAGACCCACUGGGUGAGGAGGGCAGCUGGGGGAGUGGCUCAGAGGAAGAGGAGGAGGAAGGAGGAACGGCGUUUGAUGUAGAGACAGACUCAGACAUGAACAGCCAGGAGUCUCGCUCAGAUUUGGAAGAUAUGGAGGACACAGAGAACUCCGACAACUUGGAGGGUCAGGCCCGGGAGCACCAGGAGGAAGAGGAAGAUGAAGACCAACCCAAAGAAGAAGGAGGUGACAGGGACGGUGAUACCCCUCCCACCACCAAUGGGCCCCUCAUGCCCAACGACUCAAGCAUCAGCAGUAACCUCCAGGCCAUGUCCUCUCAACUCUUCCAGGCCAAGCGCUGCUUCCGUCUGGCACCGACCUUCAGUAACAUGCUGUUGAGGCCUCAAGCCUCAUCUUCCUCGGGUAUUCCCACCCCUACUGACACUUCUGCUCCCCCCUCCCAAGAGACUCCUCCUCCUCCUCCUGGGGACUCACCUUGUGACAUGAACCCUGGUACUGCCAACGGAACCAAUGAACAUGACUUGGACUCUGAUUCAGAAGGCAGCCAACACAGCACUCAGUCAGUGCAUAGUGAGAAAACCCUCUUAGAGAAGCUGGAGAUCCUGACCAAUCAGGGGUUGAUCCAAGUGGUGAAGGUCUUUGUUGACUGGCUAAGGACCAACACUGAUAUUAUCCUCAUGUGCGCUCAGAGUUCUCAAAGUCUGUGGAACCGACUGUCUGUGCUGCUCAACCUGCUACCAGAUGGCAGCAAGAUGCUCGAGGCUGAACUUGGUCUGAACGCAGAAGUGACAGAGCUGUUAAAUGAGUGUGAGCAGCCUGGUUUGGUCCAGAGUCUGCUGCUACCUGAGGACUUGGCUCUGCGACACCUGCCUGCUCUCAGCGUAGCUCACCGCCGCCUUGAUUUUACUCACCGCAACCCCUCCCUCAGCCCCCUACAGGAGUGUGUGGUACGAGUGUGUUGCAUUCGCAGUUUUGGCCACUUCCUAACAAAGCUCCAGGGCAAUGUGCUGCACUUCAACCCGGAGGCGGGCAUCUUCACCAGCAUCAGCCAGUCCGAACAGGACAAUCUGUUGCAGCAGGCCAAGGCCCAGUUCCGAAUGGCUGAGGAGGAGGCUCGUCGAAAUCGCUUAAUGAGGGAUAUGGCCCAGCUUCGACUGCAGUUGGAGGUGUCGCAGCUAGAGGGCAGCCUCCAGCAGCCCAAGGCCCAGUCGUCCAUGUCUCCCUACCUGGUGCCAGACACAGCUGCUCUCUGCCAGCAUCUGAACCUCAUCCGACAGCUGGCUGGCAGCGGCUGCUUCAUCAUCAUCAUCCCACGGACAGUUAUCGAUGGACUUGACAGAUUGAAGAAGGAAAAUGCCGGUGCGAGGGAUGGCAUCCGUUUCCUGGAGUCUGAAUUUCGCAAAGGCAACAGGUACAUACGCUGCCAGAAGGAGUCGGGACGAAGUUUUGAGAGAGAUAAACUGAAAAGGCAGGACAUCGAAGCCUGGCAUCUAUACAAGAUGGUGGAUAGUUGUCGUCAGUUAACAGUCUCCCAGAACAACGGAGACGAAGAUACAGCCGGCAUGGUGACCAUUCUUACGGGUCAUCAAGUGGAAGAGCUUUGCACUCGGUCAGCAGCAAUGAAGGCGGCGAUGCAGGCGGCAAGCUCGGCGGGCAUGGAGCUGAAGAACAUUGUGGAGUUCUACCGGCAGUGGAAGGAGAUCGGCUGAGAGGUCAAAAGGGGGGCAGCUGUCGGUGCUGCGAACAGCUGAUCGAUCACAACACUCGCUCCCUCUCUCUCUCUCCCACUCUUUUGCUCUGUGUGUAUCUGCGUCUCCAAAGGCAAAAAAACAACUCAAAAGAAAGCUGGAUCGAAGGAAAGGAGUUAAAGCUUAGAGGGCUGGAAAAGUAAAUACAGUGGAGUAAAAAAAUAAAAAUAAAGAGAAAUGUGGGCGAAAUGGCGCUAUAAGAAACAGCAGAUCUCCCCCUCCCAAUCCUAAACAUAAAGAGUGACCCCUAGUGGUCAGGGUGAGGAAAUGUUGGGGGGGACGCUACACAACUUUUAAGUGCCCCUGGUUCACACCCUAACCAGGAAUACACUGUAUAUGUUAGCAAACGAGUACAUACGUGUCGAGAGAGAAACCGCGCACACACACACAUAAAUACACUCACGCUCAGAUGAAUCCAUAUAGAUAUUUAGAGCAGUGGAUUUCUGUUCCCUCCUCCCCUUUCCCCUUCAGUCUGUAUUUGAGAAACAGGGUCAAGAAUGUGCGAGUCUGGUAGGGCUGCGUUUUGUAAAGUCGAGGGUGUAUGAAGACAGCUUUGAGAUAGAGAAAACUCUCUGUCCACCUGACACCCGAGACUUCCAGCCUUCAGAAACAAACCAGGGGUCUCGUAGCUCACUGGCCUCUAGGAAAGGUUGAGGAAGACACAUGUACACUUCUUCGGGAUCGGUUUCUUUCCUAUGUGGCUUUUGUUUUGUUUUCAUUAUUUGCGGUGUACUUUUGUGACCAGUGACUUAUGUAUUGUGCUAUCUCUGUAUGAGAACAGAAAAGGAAAAAAAAACAUGACAGGUGUUGCCCUGUUAAAAGUUUUAAUUUGGAUUUUAUUUUUGUACCCAAAUCAUGUUGUUUAUUUUGCUUUUUGUAAGCUAAAUCUGAAUGAUAUAUGCAAGAAUGUUUAAGGGAAAGGGAAAGGGAAAGGGUUGCUGUCGUCUGUUCUGAGGAAGGAAAAAACAACUGAAUUUAUUUAACAAGGUGUCAUGUUAGAGGGAAGAGAGAGGGAGAAGCUGAUUAGCUUCAUCUUGUAGCUAGUAAUUAACGAGUCAGAAGAGAGAGGGGUGGCUGGCUUUCCCUGAGGAAUGUGGGUUGUGUUUGGACCCCUGUAAACUCCUAAAACGUAUCCCAUCUACAUCACCAUUUCCAUAGUGACUGUCCCAUCAUGCACAGUGCAAAAAAAAACCAGUAUAUGUGUGUGGCCAUGCAUUGAACAAUAAAAAGAAACUCAUAAGA